CCUAAGAGGGAGAAAAUGGAAAUUCAAAUAAAUCCCCAUUAUUUUAUGAAUUUCUACUUUCAUUUGCAAACUAUAAAUUAAAGAUGAAAUUCCAAUUUAUGGCUCAUCUUAGAGCUUGUGUUUCCUUGAGGUACAGCAGCUACUGUCAGUUAACUCUAUUUCCUAUUAUAAAAAUACGUAGAUAUCAGUAAUCCUUGCAAAUAAGGACUGGUCUCUACGACUGAACAGAUUAACUUUUUUUUUCUUUCAACAUUUUACAAUGAGCUUUUGCUCUCCUGGAACUUGCUACAUGGACCAGGCUGGCCUCAAAUGCACAGAGCUCUACCUGCCUCUGCUCUCCCAGUGCUUGCAUUGUGUGUCACCACACUCACUCAGUCUGAAAUAACGUAUUUAAAUCUCCCUGUUAAGUCCUGUGCAGUGAUGCCUAGCUGAAAUCCCAGAACUUGGGAGAGAGUACAGAAAGCACAAGUUCCAGGCCAGGUGGGCUACAUAGUGUGACCAUUUCUUUAAGAAAGGAACAAAUGAUAAGUGAAUAAAACAAUGAAUAAAUAUGUAGGCAUACCUGGUGUCAAACAACAGCUAGUGUCUCUUUCUACCUGAGCCGAAAGACAGACAGACAGAAAGAAAGAAAGAAAGAGAGAGAGAGAGAGAGAGAGAGAGAGAGAGAGAGAGAGAGAAGGAGGAAGGAAGGAAGAAAGAAAGAAAGAAAGAAAGAAAGAAAGAAAGAAAGAAAGAGAGAGAGAAAGAGGGAAGAGGAAAAGAAAGAGGAAGAAGGAGAAUUGUUCCUUAUUUUAUGUUCAUCAUCCAUCAUUCAGUGUUUAGUAGAGUCACACAUUAUUUUUAAUCUCCAUCUUCAUUUCCUGAUAUUGAUAUUACUCCAUUUUAACUCCAUUUAACUCAACUGUACAACACAGGUUCUGAUGCUGUUCAUUUCCUCUAUUGAGAAAAUACUGUGCUUAAAUUUUUAUUAUAUAUCUCUAAGAGAAACAGAACACUAAAAAGAAAAGAAAGCAAGCAAACAAAAAAGACAGAAGAGAAAAAUUGCCUCUGAAUCAUGGCGUGUUGUUAAUACCACCAACAUGGGAAAGAGUCAAUAUCCAAACUGAAACAAAGCCUUGUGUUGUGAAGCAGGUUGGUAGCAGGACUUUGGAAGAAAGCAUGUGAGCUCACUUCAUAGUAAAACAGGUCCUGCAAGACUAGGUAACUCGGGAAGCCAAAUGGUAAUUAUUCACAGAAGAAAGCCGGUAGUGUACUGUUACAAUACUCCUGGAGCAAGUCAGAAGGUCACAAGGCUUGCGGGGUAGCUGACACAACCUGAAACUGCUGGGGCCCCUUACAAAGAAAGAAUAAAAUGGGAGACAAUGAAGCUGGCUUACCUAACAUGUCUUUGCAAGGUAAAAAGAUGGCUUAUCAGAAGGUCAAUGCAGAUUUAAGAACCUCAGGACACUCACAGUACUUAGACAAUGAUGACAUCCAAGCCACUGCUCUUGAUUUAGAGUGGGAUAUGGAGAAGGAGCUGGAAGAGCCUGGCUUUGACCAGUUCCAACCAGAUAAUGCUGAGACUCAGAACUUGGGCCACUCAGAAACUUUAGACCUCCAUCUUGAUUCUAUUCAACCAGCAAGUUCACCCAAAGGAAGGUUCCAGAGACUUCAAGAAGAGUCUGACUAUGUUACCCACUACACAAGGUCUGCACCAAAGACCAGCCGCUGCAACUUUUGCUACCUUUUAAAAAUAAUUUGCAUAGGCACUAUUCUAUUUAGUUUUGGAAUUCUAAUAGGUUAUUAUGCACACAUGAAUUGCCCUUCUGAUGCCAAACCAUCACGAACAAAUGACCCUCAGUUAUACCAGGAUAUUCUCAAGACGAUCAAAGCAGAAGAUAUUAAGAAAUCCUUCAGAACUUGGAUACAACUCUAUAAAAGGGAAGAUGACCUGGAGAUUUCAAAGAAGAUUAAGACUCACUGGACUGAAUUGGGCUUGGAAGAUACACAGUUGAUGAACUACUCAGUGUUGCUGGAUUUUCCUGCGUCCUCUCCAGGCACCAUCACUGUGAGCAGCACUGGCCAGUGCUUUUAUCCUGAUGGCCAACCUUGCAGGGAAGAAGCCAGAAGAGGCCAUAGCCAAGAUCUGCUCUCCUCAUAUGCAGCCUAUUCUGCCAAAGGAACUCUCCAGGCUGAUGUCAUCGACGUGAGUUAUGGAACUGUAGAUGAUUUAAAAAGGAUCACAAAAUUUAAAAAUACAACAAAUCAAAUUGCACUCCUGAAAUUAGGAAAAUUACCACUGCUGUAUAAGAUUUCCUUAUUGGAAAAGGCUGGCUUUGGAGGUGCUCUUCUCUACACUGAUCCUUGUGAUAUACCAAAGUCUGGAGAUCUUAGCGCUGAGACCUUUAUGGUGACACUGAAUCCAGGAGGGGACCCUUCCACACCUGGGUACCCCAGUCUUGAUGGAAGCUUUAGACACAGCCGACCAAACCUCACCUCUCUGUUAGUGCAGCCUAUCUCGGUAUCCUUCGCUAAAAAACUCAUUCCUUUGCCAAAACUGAGAAUGGAUGAUGAUGCCUGUCGCCCUCUAGAACUUCCACAUAAUGAAAAAAGAACUGUCCGUUUGCAAGUUCAUACAGUCACAAAAUUUAAAACAGUGACUAAUGUUAUUGGAUAUCUAAAAGGCUUGACAUCACCAGACCGGUAUAUUAUAGUUGGCAGUAACCACCAUGUUGGAUACAGUUAUAAUGGACAAGAAUGGGCCAGCAGUACUGCAAUAAUCACUGCGUUUAUCCAAGCCUUGAUGUUACGAGUGAAGAAAGGAUGGAGACCAGAACGCACUAUUGUUUUCUGUUCGUGGGGAGGAACGACUUGGGGCAAUAUUGGCUCCUAUGAAUGGGGAGAGGAUUUUGCGAAGAUUCUACAAAAGAAUGCCGUGGCUUAUGUUAGCCUCCAUAGUCCCGUCCGCGGCAACACCAGUCUGCAUCCAGUAGCAUCUCCAUCUCUCCAGCAACUGGUUCUAGAGAAGAAUAAAUUCAACUGUACUAGAAGAGCUCAGUGCCCAGGAACCAAUGUCAGCUCUAUACAGAUACAAGGUGAUGCUGAUUAUUUCAUCAACCAUCUUGGAGUUCCAACUGUGCAGUUUGCUUAUGAGGACAUCAAAGCAUUAGAGAGUCAAAGUUUUCUCUCUGAAGCCAUUUUUACUAAACAUGCAACAAAAAUUGAAGAAGUCGAUCCAUCUUUCAAGCUCCAUGAAGUCAUUACUAAGCUCUCAGGAGAAGUAAUUCUACAAAUUGCCAGUGAGCCUGUUCUGCCCUUCAAUGCCCUUGAUAUAGCCUUAGGAGUUCAAAACAGUCUUAAAGCUGAUGAGCCCAGUGUCCCUCACCUGCUUGCCAUGGCGGCACGGCUGAGGGAAAGUGCUGAACUCUUCCAGUCAGAUGAGAUGCGGCCUGCUAACGACCCAGAGGAGAGAGCUCCCGGCCGGGUCCGAAUGCUGAACGACAUCCUUCAAGACCUGGAGAAGAACUUCCUGGUUGAGCAAGUGCCCCCGGGUUUUUAUAGAAACAUCCUGUACCAUCUUGAUGGGAAGACAAGCCAGUUUUCCAUCCUCAAGGAAGCUUGGGAGCAGUGCAGUCCACUGGCAUCAAAUGAGACCUUUCAAGAGGCCGUAUCAGAUGUGCUGAAUAGCAUUAAUUCAGCUCAGGUUUCCUUCAAAGCAGGACUGGAUGUGUUUGAGAGUGUCUUGGUUGAAAAGAAUUGAGAAAAAUGCUCAGCAUUUUUUAAAGUUUGUUUACAAGUAUACAAGCUAAAGCUCUAAUUUGACCAGGUAUUUGUGUGUAUGUGUGUGUGUGUGUGUGUGUGUGUGUGUGUGUGUGUGUGUGUGUGAUCAAAGACUUUCCCCCAAGUUUAAAGCUAUUAUAUGGCAUAUUUUUAAGUGUACAUAAGAAAGAACAUUUUGCACAUUUUAAAUAUUUUCUUAUAUCCCAAUUUUAGUAUGUAACAGCAAUUAUUGAAAUAAUACCUAAGAUUUAUCUAUUAAAGAGAAAUAUGCUGUAUUUUUAUAAAUAAAAAUCUUGGGAGGGAGUUAAGAUGUUCUUGGCAACAUCAUUGCUGUGGGGAGAAUGUGGAGGAAUGCCAGAAUUCUCUCUGAUAAAAUCUCAAGUGACUGAGUUCCUAUGUUAGACAUGGAAACCUGAUAAUGUUUCAGACAACUUUUCAAAUAACUGUUCAAUAUGAAGAAGUAAUGCAUUUUGAAUGAGUGAUUGAUGCCCAGAACCAUUUUGAAUGUUUCUAUUUUAUGAAAUGAAGUUCUUCUUCUUGACACAACUAGAUGUAGUAAUGCACUGGUUAUGAAGUUGUAUUUUGUAAAUACUAAUGAAAAAAGAGCCAUAAACAUUCCAGGGAAAAAACUCCCAAGAAACUGGAUAGAGCAAUUUAAAUGCAAAUUCUUCCUAAAGUGACAAGUUUUGAAAACCUCAAAUUGCCUCAGUUGAUGCUACAUGAACCUCAGCAGUGAUGUAAAUUUGACCAGGGAGAGCACAUUCUUUAUUUCACUUCUGUUGUUUCCGAUGGAGUGACAGAACAGGGAACAGGCUAAAGGAGAGCAUCUCACAUGGCUGCCUCCCCCUUAUAUCUUUCUCACAACUGCUUGCUAUAAAGUGGUUUAACAGAGCACUAUAUAACCACAAUGGAAAAAUGGCACAAUUUGUCUUUGAAAAUCCAAAAAUAUCAUCCAAUAUAUCUAAAUGUUGUUUUAUAUUACUGGGAAAACAAACCCUACUAUAAAAGAGAUGUUUAUUCUUGUCAACAAAUGCUCUAAAUACAGGAAGAAAGUUUAACAUUUCCCCCCUUUGUUUUCCUUCAUAGUGGCUAAGGUGAAAACAGUAAAUCAGCAUGCCACUUAGGCUAUCAAAAUGGAGUGCUUUAGAGCCUUUGUCGGCCACAAGCCUUUCAUGUAGGAGACGGACUUUGUAUGUUGGCAUACAUAGUCCCUUCAACUAAAAAAAUCUUCCUAGUGAUGGACAAGAAAAGCUUUUACCCUACUUUUUAAACAUAUUUGCUUAAAAAAUAUUUUUCUUAUAUUGAGUAAUGCAGUUUUCCUUUGAGAAUAGAUUACUAGAAUAUUUCUUAUGGCAUUCCCUACCAAUUUCAACCCUGAAGCAAUUGGCACUACAUGGUAAGGGAAAUGCUGUGGCUAUCCCUGUGUGUCUAGGAUUUUACUUCUUUUGGAUGAACAUAAAAAUAAGGUUAGUUAAAAAGAAAGCUAGAGUUGAGAGAAAAGAAUUAAUCAUCCUUGACUAAGUUAUAAGGGGUAGCUCUUCCCAACAUUAGCAAUAUUUUUGUGCUCAAAGCACAGAACCGGGCCAAUUAGCUAGAUAAUUCAAGCAGAAACACAUAUUCAUCUGAAGUGCCUAUGUACAUACAUUUUCAUAUGAGAAAUUAAACUACGUUGUAGUAUUUUUGAUGUACUUACUUAAUGUAAUUAUUUGAAUCAUGCUUGUUUGAGAAUGUUUGCCACAUUGCUGACUAUGUGUGGGAAGACCCCACAAGGGUCAGGGUACUGCUUCUUCCCCACCAUCUGCAGAAAUUACCAGAAAAAGGGGGACAGAAUGAUCACACUGCCUGAGAGUCAAGCAUGUCCAUCACUGAAUCCAAGGUGAUGUAGUUAUUAGUGUAGAGUUGAAUUUAAAACAAAAAAUGAUAAAAUACCUUUCAUUUGGUAGAUUAUCAUCUUAGAUUAAAACUCUAAAUUGUUUUAGUACAAUAAUUUAAAAAAAUCAUGGAGAACAGACCAUCUUCUAGAUUUUUAUUUAAUGACUCUGUGCAUAGGUAAAUCUAAUUACAUAUGAAUCCUGUAUUUCUUCCUUCUAAAUUUAUUGAAUUUGUUCUUUUAAACCUACAGUUAACCCUUUACUGGCAUAUUUUAUUUGAUCAGUUAAGAGAUCAUAUGAAAAGAUUAAAUUACACUUAAAAUAGAUGUCUAUGAAUUCUACAGAUUCUGCUCCACAUUUUGAUUUUAGUGGAACUCUGUGCUAUGUGUCAUAGUAUCACAGCUAUGACAUGCUUACCUCAAAACUUUUUCAGAUACAUAGCAUGUUAACUUUCCUCAGAACUCCUAAGUGAAUAUAGUACUGAGCAAGGUAAUGACGGGUGGUAUGAGAACCAGUAGUAUUUUAAAAUUGAUACUGAGACUUCUAGGUAUCAAAUGUUUCUCAAAUUACUUCAUAUAGAAUUGGUCCCAGGAGGUAACAAAUCAUAGAUAAUCCAUUGCCAAGAAAAUGUGGACAAUAUGCGCUGUGAAUUUGUGUCCAACCAGGAUAUCCAGGGGUAUUGCCCCAGUGCUAUAGACAAAAGGAGCCUCAAUGACAGUCAAGACUAAGGUUGAGGAUACUGCCUUUAAUCAUAAAAUCACCAUUAUCCCAAUCUGACACAGUAGUACCUGGAGAAUCAUGCACAUAGGAAUUCAUUCUGAGAGUGGAUAAUGCUGCUUAGAUUUUCAGCUUCUUGACCUUCUUGUCCUGUAGAUGUAUUAUUAAAUCAAAAACACAGAGCCAAUGCAAAGAUGAAAGCCCAAGAGGUCAGAACGAUAAGUAAGAGCUAAAAACCUUACCCUUCACUGCCACUGCUCUCUUCCUCAGCAAGAGACCUAC